UCGACGGCCUCGACAUGUAGCACAGGGCAGGCUUUGAAUCGACUACCAAGCCCGAGAUCAAGUAACCUUUCAGAACAGCCGACCCCUUCAAGUUCAACUUCAGCAUGUUUGAUCUUGGUCUUAUGUACGGGAUCCCGCACGUCAACAUUUGAUAUCUGUUGUUUCUGGCUCAUUGUCCUCAUAGUAGGAAUGUUACCCGAGUUCACAUAUAACGGCUGCUCUCCACUCGUUUUCUUCAUCACUUGCACCUUAGCAAGUACUGCGUUUCGGUGUCUUGCUUAAUCUCUUUUUAUCUGUUCUGUCACCAGAUUUGGUGUCAUGUCAUGCCAAACCCCACAGACCAAUCUGUCCAUAGAACGAUUUCGCCUCAAUGGAAUGAUGGUGGCAUGUGGGGUCUAUGGCAUAUUCUUUCUCCUUACAGUGCAAGCCUGGAUUUUUCUCAUACAACGGCCUCGACAUGGGGGAGAAAUUGCAGAUCAUCGUUGCGGGCUUCUUUUCUAUGUCUUCAUCACGUUCAUAUUGGGGACGAUAAACUUUGGUAUGAACGCAAAGUAUACAGAGAUGAUUUGGAUCGAUCUUCGUGACGCGCCUGGUGGCCCGCUCGUGCUCAUCGAGGACUUCAUGAGUUAUCGUAUCAACUUCAUAGCACUUGUCACUGGUCACAUUCAGACGUGGUUCAUGCAAGUUCUGCUCCUCUACCGAUGUUUUGUAAUAUGGAAUUGGGAAAGGUGUGUGAUGGUCCCAAUGAUCACACUCUAUGUUGCCAUGAUCGGUUUAUCUAUCACUGUCCUGUUCCAGGCGGGGAUCAAUGGUUCAUUUUACAACAACCCCGUCGAGCUUGCAUACCUCUGCGUCGAAGUCGGGCACACCGUGAUUUAUACUAUUCUCGUGACGAAUCGCUUGUUCGUCAUGCGAGGGCGCAUGAAGCAGGUUAUGGCCCAAUACGAUUCCAGCACAUAUGAUGCCAUCGCCCUCAUGGUCAUCGAGUGUGCAGCGUUGUACUCGGUCUUUGCUAUUAUUUUUAUAGUUGCCAUUGGUAUGCAUUCCGACGGCGUUGUCACUCUAUGUUUGCUGUCUAUUGGCAAAAUCCAGGGCAUCGCCCAAUUGUUCAUCAUUAUUCGUGUUGCACGGGGGCGGGCAGCUGCAUGCGAGUGGUCGACUCGAGGCACUGCAAUAAUUACGGGAAUAGCAUUCACAAGAGACAUUACAGAGGGAACUGACACUGAACGAAUAGGCUGGCCAGAGCAAGUCUCGAGACAUCAUUCAGUCGUAUGCUGAUUCCGAGAAGGCAGCGGAGGUUUCAGUGUCUGUAGCCUGAAAUCGGUUUGCGUAAUAGCUACAUCAUAGUUACCUGGCUGUAACAGUGGCGCUGCAUCAGCCGUCCAAUAUACUUUCUGACUUGGC